CCUACUUUUGAGUCACCAGCAACAAAGAAAAAAUAAUUAUGUGGACAGAGAAGGCAGAGCCCUCGAGAGCCGUAUAUAAACCGACAUCCGCGGCCGAGGAGGAGUUGUGAUCCACCUCCAACCUCAAAUUCCUCUGUGAUCACUUGCUUGGAUGUGCUGUGUCAGUUACAGCGACCCGUCUCCUCCUCUUCCCGCCGAGGAGAAGAGUAAAGAGGAGGAGCAGCGGUGCGGUGCGGCCAUGGAGGUGGAUGCAGAGGCCUCCUACAGCUAUGGCUUCCUCCCUCCAGACAGGCACCAGCCCUAUUAUGCCCCACCUCCUCCUCCACCAGAUGGUGAGCUGUGGGAGUACUUCCCUUGCCCGUUCUGCUACAUCGAGGUCGAAAUGCCCUUCAUCUGCAGCCAUCUGCAGGAGGAACACUGCUUCGACACCAGAAAUGCUGUUUGCCCGAUAUGCGCUGAGAAUCUAGGCAAGGACAUGUCUGCGCAUUUCAGAUUUCAGCACUCCCAUCUUCUCAAGAGGAGGAAGCCUUCGAGGCCCAGCAGCUCACCAUGGCCAGCAGCGGCAGCACCACCUGCAUAUGAUGUGAACCCCUACAUGAUGAGCAGCAGGCCAUGCCAGGACCCUGAGCCUGACCCACUGCUCUCCCAGUUCAUCUGCCGCGGCAGCGACAACCAAACCGAAACCGAGCCAGGAUCGCGCGACGGAGGAAGCCACCGCCACCGCCCGAGCAGCGCUCAUCCGACGGCGGGUGUCCAGAGGCCUGUGAGCCGGCUGGAGCUGGAGGAGAGGCUGCAGAGGAUAGAGUUCCUCAGCGGGAUCAUCACAUCAACCAUUCUUUAGUUAAUUAUAAGCUCUAAUUGUGUUGAUGUCUAGGGUUUCUUGAGCAGUUUUAAGCCUGUGUUUUAUGGUCCAGAUGUACUAUAUAUAACCUUGGCUAUCUAUAACUAUCAAUACAACAACAUUUGCAUACUUUGCAGUUA